AUGGGUGAACCCCAAAGGAUUAGAGAGGAAGCAAAGCCAGUGAAGAAGGGGCCUAGAGUCCCUAGCUGGGAGUAUGAGGAUUGUAGCAAUAUACAAAAAAGAAACCUUACUGAAGUAGAUCGUUGUUAUAGAGAACAAGUUUUAGAUUUGAAAUAUUGGACUGAGGGGCAAAACAGGAACUAUAGAAAACGGGAUUGCGGUUAUUGGGAAUUUGGAAAAGAUGAACCAAGCUGUGUUGACUCUCAGAAUGUGGACUGUUACUGUGCAAAUUUUAAGAAGACCACAGAAAGUGUGAAUCGAGAUGGUGGCGAUUAUAUGAAGUCAGAAAAUGUGGACUAUGGGAAACUGAGUUAUAGAAAUAUGGGUGACUGGCAUACAGAAAGAACAGCUCCAGACCAGAGAACUGGAGACUGGAAGAAGUCUAAUGACCACUUUGAAGAUUACAGGAAUUUGGAUUAUGAUCCUGAUGCUUAUAAAAAUACCGGUGGGCAGUGGACAGACUGCAGGAUUUUAGAUGAUCGUCUGGGGAAUUUUGAUGAUCUUCAACGGUGGUAUAUGUUCCCUAUGAAUUUUAAUGACAAAUCUGAGGAAUUUAGGAAAGCUAAUUGCUGUGAUGGUGACCUUAAAUAUUUGAAUUAUGAAUCUAGAGAUUAUAGAGAAAUUAAUGCUGAGUAUAUGGGCUGCAGAGAUUUUAACUUUGACAGUGAAAGGAAGAAGGCAACCAACUGGUACAUAGAGCAUAAGAAUAAUUUUCAAAACAAUUCUUGCCCCAAACCAGAGACUCAUUCUGUUGAUCAGACCAGUUUUCAUAAAGAAAAUGAAGGCUAUGAUACUCAAUUUUCAGAUUGUGAGAGCAAAUCUCAGGAUUACAGAGACACGGAUUUUCAAGAAAUGGAAUAUAAUUGCAAUGACAAGCCAGAAAAAGUGUCACUCAAAGACAGAAAGUUCAUCUUAGAUAAUUUAGAGAAUCCCGGGAAAGGCACAAAAGACCAUCACCCUGGGACUCCUCCAAGCUCCUCAGAACUGCAGAGGGUCUCAGCUUUGGAGGAAGAAGACAAAUUGAGGAGCUUAGACUUAUGGGGAAGGAAUAGUUGUUACCGAAGAACAGCACCCAGCACCCUGAGACGCUCAGAAUUUGUGCAGAAGAGGAAAAAAAAAGGACCUGUAUUCCUAGAGCAUCGGGAUGAGCUUGAGGGAGUAUACAAAGUUUACUGCCAGAAUCAUGAUGAGGCCAUUGCCCUGUUGGAGAUCUAUGAGAAAGAGGAGAAGAUCCAGAAGCAUCUGUUAGAAUACUUGGAAAACUUGAAGAGCCUGUACAGUGAAUGGGGCUGUGCAAAUUACAUCAACUUGGGCUCCUUCCUCAUCAAACCAGUGCAGAGAGUUAUGCGGUACCCACUACUGCUAAUGGAACUCCUGAAUUCCACUCCUGAGUCUCACCCUGAUAAAGUUCCUUUAACUAGCGCUGUCCUUGCUGUCAAAGAGAUCAACGCCAACAUUAAUGAAUAUAAACGUCGAAAGGACCUGGUCCUCAAGUACCGUAAAGGAGAUGAAGACAGCCUUAUGGAGAAAAUAUCCAAACUUAAUAUCCACUCCAUCAUCAAGAAAUCCAACAGAGUAAGCAGUCACCUGAAGCAUCUCACUGGCUUUGCACCUCAGAUAAAAGAUGAAGCAUUUGAAGAAACUGAGAAGAACUUCAGAAUGCAGGAAAGACUCAUUAAGUCUUUUAUCCGAGACCUUUCCCUCUACCUUCAGCAUAUUCGUGAGUCAGCAUGUAUGAAAGUUUUGGCUGCUAUCAGCAUGUGGGAUGUAUGCAUGGAGAAGGGAAAUGGAGACUUGGAGCAAUUUGAGAAAGUGCAUCGUUAUAUCAGUGACCAGCUCUUCACAGAUUUUAAAGAGAGAACAGAGCGGCUCGUUAUCUCGCCUUUAAACCAGCUUCUGAGCAUGUUCACAGGACCCCACAAGCUGGUCCAGAAGCGCUUCGAUAAGUUAUUGGACUUCUACAAUUGCACAGAGCGGGCAGAGAAACUGAAGGACAAAAAAACUUUGGAAGAACUACAGUCUGCCCGGAACAACUAUGAGGCCUUAAACGCACAGUUGUUGGAUGAACUCCCCAAGUUCAGACAUUAUGCCCAAGGCCUCUUCUCCAACUGCAUCCACGGCUAUGCAGAGGCACACUGUGAUUUCGUGCAACGGGCCCUCGAGGAGCUGCAGCCGCUCCUCGCACUGCUUAAAGUCGCUGACAGAGAGGGAAACCUUAUUGCCAUCUUCCAUGAGGAGCACAGCCGAGUCCUUCAACAGCUCCAGGUUUUCACCUUCUUCCCAGAGUCUCUCCCAGCCACUAAGAGGCCCUUUGAGAGAAAAACUAUGGAACGCCAGUCUUCCCGGAAGCCUCUUCAGGGUCUGCCGAGCUAUAUGCUCCAGUCAGAUGAACUCCGUGCCUCCCUUCUGGUGAGGUAUCCCCCUGAAAAACUCUACCAGGCGGAACGGAACUUCAAUGCUGCCCAAGACCUGGACGUAUCCCUCCUCGAGGGAGACCUGGUGGGCGUGAUCAAAAAGAAGGACCCCAUGGGCAGCCAGAACCGCUGGCUCAUCGACAACGGCGUCACCAAAGGCUUUGUGUAUAGUUCCUUCCUGAAGCCCUACAACCCACGUCGGAGCCACUCAGAUGUUUCUGUCGGCAGCCAUUCCUCCACUGAAUCAGAGCACAGCAAUUCUUCCCCCAAAUUCCCCAGGCAGAAUAGCAGCAAUGCCUCAUCCAUAAACCCUAAUCAUGUAGCGACAGACCUCACCUCAGGACCACUCCAAAAGCACGUUCAGAAUCCUUCCUUGUGGCAGGAGUCUGGCCAAGAGAACAUCUAUACUUCUUUGAACUCAGUCAUUCCUGAGGAAAGUCCUUCCAGGGGUCAGCUAGACAAAGACUCUCCUUCCCAAACCAGGUCAUGGAACGCUGUGGACCUAGUGGACUUUACCAGAGAGUCUGACCAACAGACUCCUGCCGCGAGGGGUUCCCGACACUCCAUUCACCCUGAAACAGUUAGCCAAGUAAUACCACGGCGCAAUGGGCAGCCUAGGCACGGUGGAGACCUUUUAAAGGGAUGUUCAAAGAUGGUACCCCCAGUGGAAGAUCAAAAUGAAGAUCAGGAAAGCAUCGAGGCCACAGGCAACCAGGUUUAUUUUGCUGUCUAUACUUUCAAGGCCCGGAGCCCAAAUGAAUUGAGUGUGUCAGCCAAUCAGAGACUAAGGAUCCUUGAGUUCAAAGAUGUCACAGGAAACAAGGAAUGGUGGCUGGCUGAAUUGAAUGGGAAGAAAGGCUAUGUUCCAUCCAAUUACAUCCGAAAAACCGAGUACACCUGAAUCGGCACUGCUUCUUAUUCAGUCCUGGUGCUUUCAUUUCUAGUUGACAGCAGGAGUUCUAGGAGCCCACUGAAGAAAAGGAAGAGAAAAAGGGGUCUAAGCCACAAGUCUCUGAGAUGAAAGGUUGUUUGCACUGUUUAACCAUGGAAUGGCAGAGUGCAAGAUUUGUCUGCAAUGGAAUUAUGAAUGCUGCUGCUCCUUAGAAAUAGUAGAAAAAAAUGGACCCUGGGACUUAGAGGUGGUUCAGACCUCAAUAAGGGGAAAGACAUGGGCUGAGAUCCACCUGGGGAAAGAACAUUUACCAUCCGAAAGCCAGUGCUCCUGCAUGUGACUUCAGUGAUAGUGCCUUCGCUUCCUGAUGAGAGAGGUGACUGAACAGUUUGCCGUGCCAUAGCUGCGUUUAAGCUUGUCCAUAGCCUCAGGAUCCCAUAAUAAGAUGCUGACUUGGAUCAAGUGAAAGGUGACGGUUAUUUGAAUCGUGGCCUAACCUGUGACCCAUUUCAGAUUGCUUCUGGUGGGUUUUUUAUAUACAGCACUGACUUUGAUGGACCUAACAGACCUAAUGAUUGUAAACCCCCUUGAAACCGCCAGUGUCCAAUACACAAAUAUAUUCCCAACUUUGAAAAGCCCCUAAAUACUAACAGUUCCCUCUCUCUUCUCUAGUUCUGAUAUGUGAAAUAUCAGCUUUUUUCUUUAUUCCUUCUAAGGUGCUAGGAGCAUUUAUUUCCUACAUGUCCUUCACCUCAAUGAAUUCUUUUUCCUGUGUUGAAGGCUGUUCUUCCCAUUAUAGCUCACUUUCAGCCAGGUAGAAAUGACCCUUUUUUAUUUUCACUCUAAAUGUGAAUGAUCCUAUUAUAUCCUCCCUCUAGUGGCUAUACAGCCCUGACUCAGUAGGGCAAGGGUUGUAGCCAUUCCAUAAAGAGCUUUUAGGAUAUUGUUUGGGCCAAACCAGCAUGUCGAAACAUUUCCAGGGAUAUUUUACUUUCCUUAGUCCAGUGAGUCCUCUAUUCUCUGUAUGUCCCUGAAUGCUAGAAAGGUAGCCUCCUUAUCUUGUUAGACUAAGAUUUCCACCUGUACUAUCUGCUCCAUAUUUUCUCUCACCUCUGAACAUACUCCCCAACCUAUACUUAUGUCAGUAACUUUCCACUAAAACGUCUAAGUCCCUCCUCUCCUGCCCUUCCCACCCCUCAAGUCAUUUUUCUUAAGGGCUUUCCCAUCUUGGAACCACUCAUAAUUGGGUAUCAAAAGAGCAGCCUCUCUGGAACUCCCCUUUCAGCUUCUGCUCCUCAAAAUUGAACUAUCCUCGAAUGAAUUAGGAAGAAAACAACAUGUUCUUUCCCUCCCAGCACUGGGAGAUAUUUGCUGCGCUUACUCAGAGGAGAAGGAAGAGAGAUUCUCUCUUUACUCUUGGACUGUGAGUAAUUUUAGAGUUGUGAAUACAGAAUUAGUUCUUUUCAUAAAUAAAAUUUUUUAAGCA